AUGCUUCUUCAUACGAGCCUGGAAUUGGUUCGAAUUGAAUUCACCUCCGCGGUACACCCACAUGUAUCAGCUUUGGAGCCAAUCAUGAGCACCAUGUUUGAUGUCUCUUCCCCAGAUACAGUUAUAGGUAAUGGCAUUAAAGGCUAUGGUUUAUGGUUUAUGGUUUAUGACAUUAAAGCUUAUGCGAUUUUAGGUAAUGGAAUUAAGGCUUAUAUGUUCAUUGGUUAUGGGAUAUGGAUAUGGGGUUAUGGGUUAUGA